CGUACUGUACUGGUAGGCCCUUGGCCGGAGGAGGGAAGAGGAACCACACGGCGACGAUCGACUGGCGGAAGCGAGCGCGAUGCCGUCGUUGGCCGGGAUCGUCUCCUCCGCCGCCACCGCUUUCCUUCUCCUCCUCGUCCUCGUGCCCAAGAACGGGAGCGUGGCCUUGGCGGCAGAGAUGUGCUACUGCUACGAAAGGAGCGCCGUCGACGGGGAAGCCCACAAGCUGACCAAGACGGUGGCGCUGCUCGCCGUCGGCCCCAUCGAGCUGCAGAUAAAAAAGACGGUCUCGACGGUGAGCGGCUGCUCGGGCGCAGCGCCGACGUCGUCAAAGCCACCGCCAAUCCCGGCGGACACGCGCGCCCCUACACCUCCAGCCCCGCCUGCUGCAGAUAAAAGGUGCUUGAGCUGGCCGGCCAAGGCAUGGUGCUGCUGGAGCCUCGCCGUGGCAAUCGUGAUCGCCUUCUUCGCGGUGAGGUAUGAAACGCCGCACAUCGACCGCACGAUAAUCACCGAUGGCACCGAAGACUUACCCGUGGACGGCAACGACGUCGGCGACGGUAAGCGCUUCUACUGCGCCAAGUGCAUGCAUGUGGUGGCAUGUGCAUGUAUACGGCCCAGCUUCACCUCGUGCGCCCAUGACUUCUGCUCGAGCUGUGUUUCUCGUCGACUGCGAGGCCGGCUCGACGACGGUAAGCACUUCUACUGCACCAAGUGCAUGCGCGUCGUGCCGUGUGCAUGUAUACUGCCCAGCUUCACCUCGUGCGCCCACGACUUCUGCUCGAGCUGUGUUUCUCCAAAACUGGAACUUGAAGGACUGCGCCGCCGAGCCGGAAAGCUUCCGUGGCAUCAUCACCCCACCGACCCCCUCCCCAUGGACAUGGUGCAGUUCACCGGGGGAAAUGGUGAUUUGCCGGUCGACGGCGAGCUGUUCGGCUGCGCCAUCUGCAUGGAGACGGUGCCCAGCACCCUCAAGUUCAUCGUCAACUCAUGCGGCCACGCCUUCUGCUCCAGCUGCGUCGCCCAGUACAUCACCGCGAAGCUUGACGACAAGGUCGCUCGCAUCAAAUGCCCGAAGCCAGGCUGCGAGGACGGGGCCGUCGAUCCGGGGAGCUGCCACGGCAUCAUCCCCACGGACCUCCUCGACAAGUGGGGUUUGCUGCUGUGCGAGCUCGCGGUCGGCGCCAAGAGGAUCUACUGCCCGCACCGAGAGUGCUCGGCGCUCCUGCUCGACGACGGCGAGGCCGGGGCGGCGGCCAUUGCCGAGGCGGAGUGCCCGCACUGCCACCGGCUUUUCUGCGCCCGGUGCGCCGUGCCGUGGCACGACGGCUUCGUGUGCGAGGAGUUCCAGAAGCUCGGGCAGGACGAGCGCGGCCGGGAGGACCUGAUGCUCAGGCGUCUCGUCGGCCGGGAGGGGUGGCAGCGGUGCCCCAAGUGCCAGAUGUUCGUGGAGAAAUCGGAAGGGUGCAAUUACAUCAAAUGCAGGUGUGGAUACAGCUUCUGCUACCGAUGCGGAUCCGAGUUGUCCGCGCAAAACCAUUACUGCAACAAGUGCAAGCGCUAAUAAAGAUUUUGGUUGGCUAUAUGCAUGGAGGGACGGUUCUUACCACCAACUACCACAUGAGUUCAUCUGGGUCAUGCAUGUUUCCUCAAGCCUUCACCCAAAAAUUGUUUCCUCAAGCGAAAAGUGGAAAUCUAGUCCGGAAAAGAACCUUAGCUAAUUAGGUUGUACAGCUUAU